AUGAACGCUAUUGAUGCGACCGACCGGACCUUCAGGUCACCAGAUGCUCCUCCUCCGUCUCUCCUCACUAUAAUUCUCGACACAAACCCUCACGCAUGGGCGCAUCUCGAACCUACCCUGCCACUCCAAAAAGCCAUCGCAAACCUCCUCGUCUUCAUCAACGCCCACCUCGCCUUCAACCACUCAAACGAAGUCGCAGUCCUCGCUUCUCAUUCGCAGAAGAUCCAAUGGCUCUACCCAACCCCAAAGCCCCCAUCUCACAACCUUACCAGACCCGCUUCUCCCCGCCCAAACGGCGCAUCCAACGGCACUCACUCCGCCCACGAUGACGCAAACAAAUACCGCCCCUUUCGUAUCGUCGAGCAGCAAAUUCUCGCCAACCUUUCCGCCCUCCUCGCAUCCACCACCUCGUCCGACCUGUCCAGCACAACCACAACCCUCAUCUCCGGCGCCCUGACCACAGCCCUCACAUACAUCGCCAAAGCCGCCCUCGCUCACGCGCCCCCGACCGACCCCUCUGCAUCCCUCAACGUCGCCGACCCGUCGCCCACUUUCAUGGACGCAAAUGACGGAACUACAAGCCGCGCUCGUACCACGCUCACGUCCCGCAUACUGGUGCUGAGCGUCAGCGGCGAUCUAGCUGCGCAAUACAUACCGGUAAUGAACGCCAUCUUCGCGGCGCAACGUCAGCGGAUCCCAAUUGAUAUCCUGAAGAUCGCGGGAGAUACAGUUUUCUUGCAGCAAGCGUGCGACGCGACCGGUGGAGUGUACAUGGAGGCACAGGAGCCGGCAGGGCUUCUACAAUACCUAAUGAUGAGCUUCUUGCCAGAUGCAACAGCGCGGGAUUUUCUGGUGCUGCCAAGUGGCGGAGCUGUAGACUUUCGGGCAGCGUGUUUCUGCCACGAGAAGAUUGUGGAGUUAGGGUGGGUGUGCUCGGUGUGUUUGAGUAUUUUCUGUGGACCUCCUGAGCAUAACCAGUGCUUAACUUGCGGUAAUCAGCUCUCUAUGGCUUCGACAUUACCAAAACCUCCAGCCUUGAUUCAGCGAAAGAAAAAGAAGAAGAAACGGGCAGCCGGAGAUGGCGCUUCAGCGGGCGUAACGCCAAGUGGUACUCCAGGGCCUGCUUGA